GCAUUAUUUGUUUCCUUUCAGUUCUCUUAAGUUAGCCUCGUUGUACCUUCUCUGUGCCUCAGUCACUUUUACGAUUGUAAAUAGUUUUCAAAAUGACACCAUUACAGUUCAAAGACGCGUUUUGGAGCCCAGAAUUCACCAGUGACUUUGGCUAUGAGACUCUUAUCCAGAGGCUAUGUGAUGGCAGACGAACUUGCAAAGACAUGGAGGAGCUCUUAAAAAUGAGGGCAAUGGCAGAGGAAAGGUACGGCAAGGAAUUGAUUACUAUAGCACGCAAGGCAGGAGGUCAAAGUGAAAUUGGCAAUUUGAAAGCAUCAUUUGACCAACUAAAAUCUCAAAUGGAGAACAUUGGAAAUUUGCACAUUCAGCUCUCUGGAAUGUUACGAGAAGAGGUCAAACGUAUGGAGCAGUUCAGAGAGCGGCAGAAAGAGCAGCGGAAAAAGUUUGAGGGAGUCAUGGAAAAGGUUCAAAAGAGCAAGGUGUCAUUAUAUAAGAAAACCAUGGAGUCUAAAAGGACGUAUGAACAGAGAUGUAGAGAGGCUGAUGAAGCUGAGCUGGCGGCUGAGAAGCUCAACAUUACACCCACUGUCACCCCUAAACAAUCUGAAAAGACACAAAACAAAGCAAAACAGUGCAGGGAAGCAGCCACAGAUGCAGAGAAGCAAUACAUGUCAAACAUUGAACAGCUGGAUAAGAUUCGUCAGGAAUGGGAGACAACGCAUGAGUGCACAUGUGAGGUCUUCCAACAGCAGGAAAAUGAUAGAAUUAACAUUCUGAGAAAUGCUAUUUGGGUCCACUGUAAUCACUUCUCCAUGCAAUGCGUAAAAGAUGAUGAGUGUUUUGAGGAAGUGAGAACAGUUCUAGAAAUGUGUGACAUUACAGCAGACAUCAACAGUUUCAUCCAGAUGAAAAGCACUGGCUCAACUCCUUCAGCACCCAUUGUGUUUGAGAACUACUAUGACAAAGAACCUAUGACGGACAGCAAUGGUGUUGCUCGCUUUGGAGGUGUGAUAAAGAAGUUUUCAAGUCUCUUGCAAGUAAAUUGUGCAGUUGGCUCUAAAAAUAAUUUUCAUGAAUAUACUCUGCCAUCAGCACUUCCAUCUGGUGACAACUCAGAUGGGGUAUAUGCGUCCAUUCCUGGAUUUCAGCAGGAAACACCAAACAAUGCAGCCUUUCAGAGUGAGAAAUACCAGGCUCAGUAUGACUAUGUAGCUCAGUCCACUGAUGAGCUCUCCAUCUCUGCGGGGGAGGUGUUGCUCGUGGUGGAGCAGGGAGAAGAUGGCUGGUGGAUGGUGGAGAGGGAUGGUCAGACUGGGCUGGUUCCAGGAUCCUACUUGACCAAGAUAUGAAUCAAGAGUAGUAAAAGUCUAGAGCACACUGGAAAGUCUCCCCCCUGUCCUUAAAUGGCAUUUAAUAUCCGAGUUAUUAAGGGCACUUCUUAUAAAGUAUCUCAGAGGAGGGCUUCUGAAAAUCUGUAUUGAUCAUUGAAUCUGAUAUUAGAUCAGCUCUCUAACAGGUUCAAUUGUAAUCAACAACUGGUGAUUAUGGGUGAACAUUCUUAAUGUUGAAAUGUAUAUUUAUUGUUUUAUUAGAAAGAUUAUUUAUUGUAAAUAAAAAAACAUCAGAAUGUAUAGCAAACAAUGACCACUACAGCCAUGAUUUCAGUUUGAUUUCAGUUCACAGAGAAGACUGUGUCAGUGCAUUGUCUGAAUGGAGAUUUUUGUGUACAAAUAUGUUUAUAGAAUUUUAGACUUGGUCUCUACAACCUCUGGCAAAAAUUAUGGAAUCACCACACUUGGAUAUUCACCCAGCUUUUUUAAUUCAUAGCUAAUAAAAAAAUCACAGAUAUGACACAAAACAAUUUUUUGAACCUUCUGGCUUCAGAAUGUUCAAAACGCCUCAAAUACAUUAAAUUACACUAUUUUAAUUAACUGCGUAUUUAAAAAAAAAAAUAUGAUGGAAUCACUUAAUGUUGAGGAAAAAAUUAUGGAAUCAUCAAAAUCAUUGCUCCUCCUCUGGCUUUUAUGACAGCCUGAAUUCUUUGAGGCAUUGACUUCACCAAUGAAAAACAAUAUUCUCCAUCAAGCUGGUUCCAACUUUCUCGAAUAGCGGUUGACAGAUCAGCUUUGCAAAGCCUUGUCAUGGACAAAUUAUUUCAAUUUCCAUCAUAUAUUUUCAAUCGGAUUGAGAUCUGGACUGUUUGCUGGCCAUGCUCAUUGAGUUGAUAUGCCUUUCCUGAAGAAGAGCUUUAACACUCUUUGCUCUGUGGCAAGAUGCAUUAUCAUCCUGAAAAAUUACUUAUUUUCUGUCAAUGGAACGAGAAAAGUGAUCAAUAUUUCAACGUACACUUUCAUCCAAUCAUCCACACUCCAAGAUUGCUUCUCUUUAGCCCACUGUAGCCUUGUUUUCUUCUGUUUAGGUGUUAAUGCUGGUUUUCAUUUGGCUUUUCUGUAUGUAAAUCCCAUUUCAUUCUGCUGAUUUCUUACAGCUAUAUCACAAACAUUGACUCUUUGUUUCCACCCAUUUGUUUUGUUGUGCAUUUUCUAUUUUCAAAGUAUAUUGCUUUGAGUUUUCUAUCCUGACACUUUGACGUCUACCUGUAUGUUUUCCUUUUAUAACCUUGCCAUUUUGUUUAUACUUGAACCAAAUUUUAGACACAGCUGACUGGGAACCACCAAAUUCUUUUGCCACACUCCAUGAUAGAUUUCCUAGAUUUCCAUAGGAGGAGUUUUAAAAUCCUUUUCACUGAUUUAAUUGACAACACUCUUGUUGGGGCCAUGUUUCCUUUCAAUUAGCCAAGUCCAACAGCUCAGAAUGGUCUAUAAGCACUCUCUUUUAACUGUAGACUAAUUUGCAUUAGUCUUGUGCAUUUGUUUUAGGAAUGCAAAUUACAAGGUGAUUCCAUAAUAUUUUCCACUAUUUGAUCUGGAAAUAAAUAUGCCAUUAAUUAUAAUAUUGUAAUUUAAUUUUUUUGAGGGAUGUUUCACAAAGCCAGAACUUUCAGCUAUUAAACAAAAAUAAAAUGUGUGUCAUCUAUGAUUUGUUUAUUUGCUACGAAGUAAAAAAGCUGGGUGAGCAUCCUCCAAGUGUGGUGAUUCCAUAAUUUUUGCCAGGGGUUGUAUUUACAUUUUAGAAAGUAAAUCAAUGGGACAAAAGUAACAUAGGAUUGGACUUCAUGGUCAACUAAAAGUCAAAAAAAAGUCAAAGUCAUGGUCAAACUAAAUAUCAAUUAAAGUUUAUAUCAUCCAUAAAUAAAUAUAUAACUCACUGAAAGACUGAUUCUUUAAAUGAUCACAUUUAUUUGUGGGAUGGUUUGAACACUAUUGCGGUGUUUUCACACUAUCACAUUUCAAUGGCACUCUGCAGCACUGUCAGGCAGUUGGUUGAGUGCACUCAAGAGCACAAGUAAUGAAACAAACCAGUCACAAACUUUUUAAAGUUUUAAGUUUCCAAUGUGACCACGAUGUUUGGUCAGGGAACAUUUUAAAACUUUGUAAGCAUUUCACAGGCAUGCUACUGCACAUCUUCUAUUAGAAUCAUAUUUCAACACAUAAUUGUUUAAUGGGAAUAAUCUGCCUAGUGUUUGUGACAUCACAAACCACAAAUAAAAACUCAUUAUCCAUAAUACUUUGUGCAUGUAUUAUGUUUCUUGUUGGAAUCUAGGCUGAUUCCUCAACCUCAUAUUAAAGAUCACUUGCCAAAAUUUGAAAUUGAACAUCAUUAUUAGGACUCCAGCUGCUUUCUGGCUGUCUCACAAGCAACAACAGAAAGCCAAGGAAGUAACUCAAAGGUCAUCUUUGAAAAUGUAUGCAGAGAUCUGUUGUCCUCACACACAGCUUUUUCAGCACUUGCAUAGCAAGGGUGCACAGACACCCAGCAAGCCAACACCAUGUUAAUUCUUUAUCAGGUAUCUGGUUUCACAGUUCUCUUUUCAAAGAUCCUGUUUUAAUGUUGAUCCUUCAUGUUCUUUGUUAAACCAUAAACUGUAUGUGUAAACAAAGAUGACAAAUUAAUUCAUUAUUUUGCCAGGAUGCGUU